GGCGGCCGGCGGUGCGGGGGGAGGGGGCCCGGUCCGGGAGUGCGGGAGGCAGUGGUAGAGGGAGGAGGCGGUAGCGGACUGGAGUCUCAACCGCGCCAAGGCGGACACUUCGGUGGAGCGAGGCAGUAGAAACACGGAGCACCCAAGGCAGCACUGGGAAUCCCGGCUUAGAGAAGGGGGUCGCCGGACCGAGUGAAGGGGAGGGGGCGAUGCUGGAAGCCAUGGCGGAGCCCAGUCCCGAAGAUCCGCCUCCGACUCUUAAGCCUGAGACUCAGCCACCGGAGAAGCGGCGGAGAACAAUUGAGGAUUUCAACAAAUUCUGCAGUUUUGUCUUGGCCUAUGCUGGUUACAUCCCCCCUAGCAAAGGGGAAAGCGAUUGGCCAGCUUCUGGCUCUAGCUCUCCAUUACGAGGUGAGAGUGCAGCAGACAGUGAUGGCUGGGACUCAGCCCCGUCGGACCUUCGAACUAUCCAGACUUUUGUUAAGAAAGCAAAAUCAUCAAAGAGAAGGGCAGCUCAAGCAGGUCCUACCCAGCCAGGACCCCCAAGGUCCACUUUUUCUCGUCUGCAGGCCCCUGAUAGUGCUACUCUGCUUGAGAAGAUGAAGCUCAAGGACUCUCUGUUUGAUCUGGAUGGGCCCAAAGUGGCAUCUCCACUGUCUCCCACAUCGUUGACCUCCCGGCCUCCUGCUGCUCUCACCCCAGUGCCACUGUCCCAGGGGGACCUCUCCCAGCCUCGAAAGAAGGACCGAAAGAAUAGAAAGUUGGGACCAGGAGGUGGGGCUGGCUUUGGGGUGCUUCGGAGACCUCGGCCAGCUCCUGGGGAUGGGGAAAAACGGUCUCGAAUCAAGAAGAGCAAGAAGCGGAAGUUGAAAAAGGCCGACCGGGGGGAUAGACUCCCACCUCCUGGCCCUCCUAGGGCUCCUCCCAGUGAUACAGACUCUGAAGAGGAGGAGGAAGAGGAAGAAGAGGAAGACGAUGAGGAAGAGACGACAGUGGUGGGUGGUGGUGGAGUUCCAGCCCCUGUGCUCCCAACACCCCCUGAAGCCCCCAGGCCCCCCGUUACAGUGCACCCUGAAGGGGCUCCCCCUACUGACAGUGAAGGCAAAGAUGCGGGCAGCACAGAAACAAGCCAAGAUGGAGAUGCCAGCUCCAGUGAAGGAGAGAUGCGGGUCAUGGAUGAGGACAUCAUGGUAGAAUCAGGUGAUGACUCAUGGGAUCUGAUCACAUGUUACUGCAGAAAGCCCUUUGCUGGGCGGCCCAUGAUCGAGUGCAGCCUCUGUGGGACAUGGAUCCACCUCUCCUGUGCUAAGAUUAAGAAGACCAAUGUUCCUGACUUCUUUUAUUGCCAGAAAUGCAAGGAACUUCGGCCAGAGGCCCGGCGGUUAGGGGGUCUUCCCAAAUCUGGAGAACCCUGACGUCACUGUUUAAGGCUGGAACUUCUGACAUGGGAACUGAGCCUCAGUCUCCAGCCUUCCCUUGGAUUGAGGAGGGUGUCCCCACUUGAGGGCCAGAAUUCCCAAGGGAG